ACUGAUAAAUAAUUGCCUUAAAGUUGUGUUAUUUUCUUAAAUAUCACUUUGUCUAUGAUGCAGCAGUUACAGCAGUAAUUGUUAAUAUUGUUAGUAAGCAGUAACAGUGCUUAGUAACAGGGAAAGAUGGUCUACCAUUUAGAGGAGUUCAGUCUGUUUUUUUUCUAGAUUUUUGUUUUUGGUAGAUUAUUCUUCAUUUUCUUCAUUUUUCGAAAGUAGUUAUUUUUUCUAACCAAAAGAACCAAGCAAACAUACACACAAACAUAUCUAGCUUUGUACCAUUAAUUGAUAUUGAUUUUAACUGAAUUGGUAAAAACAAGCUGUAAAACUAUAGAGAAAAAAUAUAACCUUUCAUAAGGCUUUAUGGUUAUGAGCAAAAGUUACUUGGAAAUAAAAUAAAUACAGUGGGUUCUGGUUGCCAUAGUUACACGCGCAUGACUGUCAGCAGUAAGCUCCGCCCCCUUCCGAGGACCGUUUACAAAAUCCUAGUUUGAAUCCCCGCCUCGAAUUUUUUCCGGCCACGCCUCUUUGUGGCUGUGAUUCGCCAGAAAACAAUAAUCAACUGGCUGGGAGAAAGAGUGAUUUCACAGCAAGGCGUGUGUUUGUAGUCGGGACCCGGAGGCUGAGUGUUGCUACACUACACCCACAGACGCUCGGUUGUGUUGAGCGGGCGUGGUGUGGACGAUAAAGACUCUCCGCGCGAGAAUACUUCCUACACCGGGGUACAAGCCUGACUCUUCCUCCUCCUCCUCCUCCUCCUCCUCGCUCAGAGACAGGGUCCACAGCUGGUCCAGUUUACGCCGUGGUCCGUGUCGGGACGGCGCGCGUCUCCGAGCUCUCCGGACAAACUGCGCGCGCUCUCGCGUCACUAAAUGGGCCGGCGGAGUGCGUCGGUGUGCGCGCGCUUCUGCAUUCUCCCUAAAUGGACCUGCAUCAUCAUCAUCUGAUCAUACGAGCGUGUGUGUGAGUGUGUGAGAGUGAGUGCUGUUGUGAUCAGGCUUAUUUGGGAGAGAGAGAGAAAAAAAAAACAUGAGCGGCGGAGAAAUCAUCUGCCAGGGCUGGCUGAGAAAAUCCCCACCGGAGAAAAAACUUCGAAGAUACGCCUGGAAGAAGCGCUGGUUUAUCCUACGCAGUGGGCGCAUGAGUGGAGACCCAGAUGUUCUGGAGUACUACAAGAAUGACCAUGCCAAAAAGCCCAUUCGCAUCAUUGACCUACACUGCUGUGAGCAGGUCGACGCAGGACUCACUUUCAAGCGUAAAGAGUUCCAGGACAGUUUUGUGUUUGAUAUCAAAACAGCUGAACGAACCUUCUACCUGGUGGCAGAGACAGAAGACGAGAUGAACCGCUGGGUUCGUUCCAUCUGCCAGCUUUGCGGAUUCAACCAGUCUGAAGACAACCAUGAUGAUAGGCCAUCGACUACCCACAUGCUUCGCUCCAUGGCUGGUGAUCUCAGCGGUUCUCUGGUUCCUCUGCUUGGUGAACGCAAGACAACUGUGCCGUCACACUCUAGCCAACCAAUGCUGUUCACCUUCGACAUGCCAAUACGCCACUCCCAUGCUCCCCUGUCCAACAGCGCCCCCCAGGACUACCUCCUUCUUCACCAGUGCAUGAGCCGGAAGAGUGAGAGCACUCGGAGUGCCAGUUUCUCGCAGGCGCAGCGUGGCAGUCUGUUGUUGGGCAGUGACUCAGCAGUGCAGCGUCUUGCUCAUGGCGUUUCACAGUGUCUGAAUGGGACAAGUUCUCAGCUGCAUGGCUCCUACAGCCUCCCCAAAUCCAACAAACACCAACAGCUUGGGGUGCGUGCAGAUUCACCCCGCGAGGCCUGCUAUGUGCUGCCCCGAGCCCACAGUGCUGAGGAGCCUUCUGACCUGGAAUCUGAAGAAAUUUACACCUAUAAGACACCCUGUAAUGCCCUCGCCACUGCGCCCUUCAACGACCAGCGCCCUCCAGACAACUACGACCUGCCCGGCACACCUGGAUCUAUCUACCAGAUACCUCGCACAUUCGAUAGGAACCAUAAUGCUCUGACGCCCAACAGUGCAGAUUCAACGGGUGGUCCCCCACCACCCAGACCACCAAAACCCAGCCUGAACUCAGAGACACGCUGGGGAAGCCCUCAGUCCCUCGGAGGACAGAAUGGAGACGUGGCCAACAUGUCUGUCAUCCCACGAAGGAACACGCUUCCAGCUGUGGAGAACAUCAAGCUUCACAGAGGAUCCUCAUUUGAGACCAGCAAUCAGCGUCCGCACUAUUUCAAUAACUCUGGUCAAUCUGUAGAAUCUGUCAAUGAUGGCUUCAGCUCCUACCUGAGAGAAAAACCUCCACUUACCCGCUCAGACAGUGGAAAUUCUGAAGACAACUACGUACCUAUGAAUCCUGGCUCCUCCACCUCCCCUCUCAACGCUGCCCUGGCUGACAGCCCCAAGAACAACUAUAUUCCCAUGAGUCCUGGUCCACACCACUUUGACUUCCCAGGAUUCUCUGCCACUCUGCCAGCCAGGAAAAGCAGUACAGCGUCGAUGUGCUACAGACCGGGCCGUGUGAGUGACGUCACGCCUCCACCAAUCAACCGCAACCUUAAGCCCAACAGAAAAGUAAAGCCAUCACCUCUGGACCUGAGGAGCAAUGGCAUCAUUGAUGAGCUUCCUUUUAAGAGCCCUGUUACCUUGUCCUGGAGUAGACCUGUGCCUGUUAUGAACUCCAUCUCCUCACAACACUGUCGACCCAUCUCCACUCAGAGCAUCACCAGCACUGAUUCUGCAGACAGUGAGGAAAAUUAUGUGGCAAUGCAAAACCCAGCAUCUACCUCGCCAGCGGUGAGUGGUACCAGCAGCCCUGCUUCUAGGAAAGGUGGUAAUGUCGACUACUUGGCCCUGGAUUUCCAGUCUGGCUCCCCUGGUCCACACAGAAAGCCUUCCACGUCUUCCGCGACAUCAGAUGAGAAGGUUGACUAUGUCCAGGUAGACAAGGAGAAGACGCAGGCCCUUCAGAACACCAUGCAGGAGUGGACGGACGUCCGGCAGUCCAGUGAGCCGGCGAAAGGCAUUAAAUCCUGACAGAGUGCUAACAUGCUAAUUCUGGCAGCAAGAUGAAACACACAGUGCAUGUGGGCCUCCUUAUCACUUCAUUUUCCAUCAGACUGGUGUGCCAUGACAUGAGGGAUUUUUCUUCCUUCAGCAAAACACAAGAUUCAGCAGGACUUUAAGCGAUGUUAUUAAAUGGAACCCAAAGCCAUAACAAACCCUUGGUCUUAUGAGGGGAAAAAAUAGCCAUCACUCAUCAAGGAACUGCCUUGCUUGUUAACUAUGAACAGAGAUUAAUCCCAUAAUUUUUACAAUCAUGAUCUAUCAGUAUGGGAUACAUCAAAAAUGUGCUUCAAUAUGCACAUAAAAUGCCUUGUGUCUUAUAAAUUGUUUGUUUAAAAAGAUUCCCUUCUAUACAAAUGCUUCAUACAUAUACGAGAUGCAGUCUGAUGUGUUUCCAAACACUUUCCUUUUGCUGUUCCGACAGCUGACAUCAUGCCAAUGAGACAAUGACAAAGGCAAUGUUUUAUUGACUAUACCAUCUAACCACACACAGAGCAUGAUUAAAAAUAUUCAGAUAUGCAGCUCUUUGACACAAAGGCCUUCUCAAGUACAGCCAGUAAAAUAAUGGCAUUAUAAAUCAAGCGACUAGAAUUGUUGUAAAUUUACUAAUAUUAGCUUGUUGAUAUGUUGUGUUAGUUAGUUAGCACUAUGAUGAAGAAUGAUGAAGCUAUGGCAGAUGGAGAUUAUGUUAAAAUAAACAGGAGCAUCCAACUUAACAUGAAGAAAGCAUUAGAUUCAUUUUAGUCAGGCUAGAAAAUAUAUUAAUUCUUGAGAAGUUCAUCACUGGAAAAAAAGCAGAUAAUUUAAGCCACAAGCUCUCAUUCUAAGGAUCUGAACGUAAAUGCUGCUUCCUCUGAAAAAGAAAAAAAUCAGCCACCUCACAGGAUAGAGGUCUGAUGUAGUGCCACUAUCUGAUUCUGUUUAGUGCUCCAUAUAUCUGUAUCUGUAUUUAAACCAGGAGUGGGCGUGGCCUAAACUCGACAGGGUUUUCUUUCUUUGUUUUUUUUUUUUUUUUUUUUUUUUUUUUUUUUAAAAGAACCAUUAUGCCCCUGGAAACACUGGAAAACACUGGGAGGGAAACCCAGACGUAAAGUUGCCAUGACUGUCAGCCAGUCCCUCGACCUCUGUUACAUCACUUGAGUUUAUAAUUGGUGUCAACUAGAGAGGUGUGAAGGAUCUUUUUUAAUCCUGAAACUCCAUUUCCCAAAAUGUAAACAAACUAGUAUAAACAAACCACUGCAACCCUGACCAGGCAGUUACUAAGGAUAAAUAAAUGCCGCACAUUCAUUUUAAUGGUCUUUGCUUGUCCCACAAGCAUCGUAUCUGACCACUCUCUCUUGUCCACACAGAAAUUAAAACAAAACAUAGUGCUCCUCCUAUUCGUAUCUGAAAUUGUAUCUGUUUAUAAUGCAUUAUCUGUUCAUUCUAAAUAAUGUAUACAUGCUCUGUUAUAUCCCCAUCAUAGAUUGAUUAUAUAUCAAAUAACCAUUUCCUAGCCCUAGGUAAAAACAACCUAUAUAAGUUAAUACUCCUAAGUCUGAUGUAAUUAUUGUCCUGUGCUAACAAACAUAAACAAGCUGAAAUUAGCAUGUUUAAGGAUAGUCACCAAAAUUCAUCAAAAACAAUUUUACAUUAGGGAAUGAUAGAGAUAUUACACAUGCAAAAUUAUGUAUAUGAACAGAAGGCAAACCAUGUAUUCACCAAUUCAAUAAUGAACGUAUAUUUGUACAAACCAUCACAGAUUUGUGUAUAUAACAAUUUACAAGACACAAGGUGCAGAUAGAUUUAUCUGUGAAUAGCGAAACACAUUUUGAGAUGUCUCACUGAUUAUUCAUGAUUCACACAUUUAUCAAUGCCACUAAUCUCUCCCCUUACCCUUGUAAACUGAUGACUCAUGUUUGAAAGAAAAUACCAAACCUCAGACAGUGCAGUUGCAGCAUGAGUUGCAUGCAGUUGCCUUUUUAUUUGGGAGUGCAAUAUGGGCCACAGAUAUCAUUGAUUGGUGGAAAGUUAUCUCUAGUGCAGUGUUAUCAAUACUAACAAAUGGGCACUGCGUGAAAUUUAAACAACUGUUCUUUUCAGAGUUGAGUGAGCUUACAAUAACAGCUUUCCAGUCAAACUGAAUUGCAGUCUGACUUGUAUUGAUUCUGGGAAAACAGAAGCCUGAAUAACAUUAUCAGUGGCUGAGCAAACAUGAGACUCAGCGAAAAAAUGGCAAAACGUACUGGUGUAUGGUGUAAAGAACAAGCUUUUCAAUUUAUAAAACUAUAUUCAAGCUAUGUAGCUGAGUUGUGUAUUGAGAGAUCCACCCAUGCAGAUUUAGCUUAGCUGUGCAUGUUCGGUCAGGAAGAUGAUGAAAACAGAUCACGCAUUCUCUCUGUAGAGACUUAGCAAUAAAUUGAAUUCGCUUGUCCUUGCCAAAUGUUCUGCUAGUGGACAAAUUUAUUUCUUUCAAGCGAUUUUGGUUUUCAGCUAUGUAUCAGAUAAGAUAUAGAAAAAAUACAGUAAAUAUUGAAGUGGUUCUCAAGGUUAUUAUGACUUGAUAUGUGUAUAUUUUCCUCCAGGAUUCACGGCCAUAUUUAUUAAAGGGUGCAAUUGUGUGCCAGCUGAAGUGCCACACUAGUCUGUAUUCAUCGGAGGUUAAAAGAUGCGUUUUUGAAAAUGACAUAGAUUCAUUUUUAUAGUUUUUUUUUUAAAAACUUUUUUUUUUUAAUAAAAAUUUUUUUAUUAAAGGGUUUUUAUUUGCAUAGAAUACAUCUCUGGUAUUUCUAGUCUGCAGGAUGGCAGCAGUGGACCAACAGUAAAGCACUGUUACUGACCUACUUGUCAUUCCAGUCAAUCACUUUUGGUGCAGCUCCAUGUAAACUCGGUGAACUCCAGAUUAAUAUGAGGUCACGACUGUGCAUAAGUGUGACAUUACUGUGAAAUGUUAAACAGACAAGUAUUUUGAAACGAACCAGGUGAAUUAGUUACAGUUGUACUGUCUUGGAAAGGAUGAAUUGGAUUUACUGCAGUAGUGAAGAGUGUUACUUUUUUAAAGGGUAGAAAGCGGUUCCAACGAGUCAUUAAUCUUUCACUGUUAAAUGCAUUACUUUCUGUGUAAAAACUCUACAUGCAGUUUCUAUUUAAAACCACUGUCAUAAAAAGCCUUUAGAUUUCACAGGUGAUGAAGAAAUGGUUACAAUCACAAUGUAUAAAGAAUUCAUUACAGAUUUUCAGGAAAAGUUUUGGUUUCAAUUUUGAAUAGUACACUUUUAGAACGAAGGGUUCCCCAAUGGUUCUACUUGUGAGGUUCUACUGUAAGCUACUUUUGCAUAUUUAACACACUCUGUUUAGGGUUCUACACAGAAUGUUUAUGGGUUCCCCCAGAAAAACAAACAAGCAUCUUCAAGUUUUCUAGAUUUAAACUUUUUUUCUAAAAGCACAACCUGUAAUUUCCAAAAUCUAAAUUUACAUGUCAUUUAAAGAUGUCAUAUGACAUUAAGAUGAGACAUUGGAUGUUUUUGCCAAUUGAAAAUGAAUAUGCGAGUCCUAUUGACAAUUUAAUUACAUAUACAUAAUCUUUGCUUUCCAUCAAGGCUAUUUCCUAUUUAUUAUUAGAUAAACACUCCAUGUGAAGCCUCGCUCUAUAAUCCAGAUCCUCCUUUACUUUGAUUUGAGAUUACAGCAUUUUGUCAGCAUGGAUUAUGGGGCUACCUUUUUGUAACACUGAUAUUGGAAACCUUUGGAGAUGUACUUCUGUGGUAACGGUGCACUGGCAUUGCCCUUCAGCAUUCUGUGAUUCCUAGCUGAAGGGCUGCAAGACUGAAAUCAGUUAUUCCCCAUGCCUUUGUCUGUGCUAAAAGUGAAAUGUGUAAUGUGCUGUCCUGGGAGAGCAUGUGUAAGUGAACUGAAUAUCUUUGUUGUGUUAGUGUGUAUGCUGUAGUGUGUUGGAUGACUUGCUCUCUGAGCUCGAUAGAAAAAAAUGUUCAGCUUUUCUUUUUACUGAGUUCUCUUAAGUAAUGUACACUUUGUCUUAUUUCUACUAUUACUGUAAAGCCUUUAUAUCCAAUUGCUUGUGAAUUAAUUUAUUAAUUUAUUACGUGUCUUUACGGAAGAAAAACCUUGUAAGAAUGACAGUUUGCGGCUCUACUAACAUUAAUUUAUGCUACGCAUCUUUAUCUUUGUGAAGCAAUAUGCCAAGUAAAGCCAGUAAAAUGGUCUAAUGUGGUACUUUUGGGAUACAAAAAAAUAACAUUGUUAUUCCAUGAUAUUAUAUCCUCAGAAUGUUGACCAAAAUAAACUUCAGUGCAAACACAA